CUCCUUCCAAAACGUGGUGUUUAAUUGUCAAAACCUGUCAAUAUUUCAAAAAAUAUUGAGAGAAAGGAAAUACCAUCGACAUCGAAUAUGACACUAACGGAUAUUACCGAGAAAAGACUAGAGCAAAGAAACAUGGCAAAGACAAGUUUUGCAUUCAAAGAAGCCUUACAACAGGCGGUGAAAGAAGGACGUUCCACCAUUGGUGGCUAUGAGUGUGCCAAGCAAAUGCAGGGGAAGGCAGAUAGGUUUGCGUAUUGCGUAUUCCCUGAGCAGACGACAGAUGACGCCAUGACGAGCAUAGAGAGGAUUCUGUUAGAAGCCUAUUGUCGAGAACAUCGUAUACGAAUCGUGAGGGUCGACAAUGCCAAGAAUUUGGGAAAGAUGUUGUGCAAGUUAUCAAACAAGCGGUACAACCGUGACAGCGACUAUACCUGUGUCCUAGUUGAGAAAACCCGGAACAGUGUAAAUUUAGACGAGGUGUUGUUUAUGGAGAGCCAUAGACAGGCGAUUAAGGCGGACCCUUGGUAUGUUACCGAGAUCCCCUUAUAGACCGGUCUCCCAACCACGCCCUUACGACUGGAACCCCAUAAGGUCAACACGACAAUACGUCAAAGCACUUGUGCUGGCGGGGCCGGUGAUGUAACAUGAAGUUGAAUAUCUCAUAUUAUGGACCCUGUUGAACCACUGGUGUUCUUCAUGGAAGUGAUGCAUUUCAUGACACUUAAAGUUCGUGGGAUAUUUCAAUUAGUGGGACAUCACUGUUAUGCAAUGUUGCAAAUUUUGCAACAGCAAUAUGCAUAUUGUUUUACUAUUACAUAGUGUGUGAAAAAAUAGGAAAAAACCUAUAAAAAAUUCAUAAGUAAUAAACUAAUGGAAAAAUGGAAAAAAAAAUUAUCAAACAGAACUACAAAAGAAAAAAAAACUCGGAAAACGGACCAAGACCAAUAUUGAUUAUCUGUUGCCGAUCAUGUGUAAUGCUGAUUAUAAAUAACUGUGUAUCAAGUGAAACAAUUGCAAUCAAUGUCUGAUAUGGAGGUCAGACUAUUAGAGAUUAAGGACAGGAAGACUUGUGUGUAACACGUGUGUCAAUAGUACACUAAAUGCUAAGACGAUGAGAAUACAACAAUCGUGACGGAGUGGUUUUGUACUACAAUACAGACCGGCCUAACUUAGCAACAUGGCAUGUCUGUUUACACAACAAACCAGGAACAUGUAUGAAGGACAGCUGUUCGACCGUGAGAGUUUGUGCAACGUAGUAAAGAACAGUCUGGUAUAUCUGAAAAGAGGACAUCACUGAGGAGAAGAUGCUCAGCAUAGCGUGCUGGAUGAACAUUGAAGAUGAUGUUCUUCAUUCCAUUUUACAUAGUAAAAGCAUUUGCUCAAAUAUUGAAGUAGAUAUUUGCAAAUAUCUAUUCAUAUGUGGAAGAAAGUAAAAUUGGAUAUUGUAUAUAAGUUUAAACAGCCUUUAAGGAUAUCUGCUGCUACAGUGUUCUCCUGCUUAUUGUAAAUGAUAUAUUUAAUUUUUCUCACCACAGGCAUUUUACUCGCUGAUGUUUAAACAUAUUUUAUUUGCACAUACAAUGACAAAGGGAUUUUCAUCGGCAGCUAUGUGCUUGUGGUCUCUGAUCUGAAAAAUAUAUGUACAUAGUUAAUUUGUGAGAUAUUCUUAAACUUAUGCUGUAGAUAAGGUGAUUGAAUAACCUUCUUGGGAAUAUGAUGUGUAUAUUGUUUGAUUAGAAUUAAUUUGGUCGAUGGAAUAAAAGUUUGGAAAUUCA